AUGGCGCUUGGCCACGGGUCAAAGAAGUCCGUAUCCUGUGACCAGGGGAUCACACAUGCUUCUCUAAGCAAUGGGGUGGGAGCUGCUACACAAGCUGUGGCUCCGCCCACUAGGAAGUCUCAGUCCUGCAAGUGCAAGUGUGUCCUUGCCUUCCUCAUCAUCCUCAUUGUCAUCAUUAUAGUUGCAGCAGCAAUUUUGGCUUGGUAUUUCCUGGAGUACAAGGUUUGGGUGUUAGAGGCUCGUGUCCAGCAGCAGUACACUGCCUACUUAUCCAUCCUCAACAGGAACUUCUCUACUGAUCUGUCCUCUCACAACAGUCCCGUUUUCAAGAAAGAAGCCAAGUGCGUCGAGAGGAUGGUAGAGAAUAUUAUGAAAGGUUCGAGUCUUUCUCGAUACUUCAACUGCACCACUGUGUUUGCCUUUGGGGAAGGAAGUGUUGUGGCUCACUUCUGGAUACUGCUGAAUAUACCCAGCAGCCAUGCUGAGGGAGUCACGCUGGAGAAGGUCAGCAGGAGCCUGGUGGAGGGCCUGAAGGGGUACAGCAGGUCAAAGGUGGAAGAGACAGCCAGCUUUGAUGGAUACCUUUUCCAUCUCCCUACACUAUCUGUCAGUGAAACUGACCCCAAAGUUGUAAAACUUUUGAAAGCCUCAUUUGACUGCUACCGCUAUCAGAAGGUGGUGUCCAGCAGCCCCGUUCUGCUCCGUGGCCCUAACACACAGCGUUCCUCCUGUCUGUGGCACCUCCAGACCACCCCAGGCUCCCAGCUUGAGCUCCAUAUGGAGUGGCUGCUUCCAGAGUGCAGUGACAGACUGCUGGCGUACAACUCGCUCACCCCUGCUGAUAAUCAUCUCAUCACAUCUGUGUAUGGCUGCAGCAGACAUGAGCACGUGGUCCGUGUCCUGUCAUCAGGAGAGUGGAUGACAGUGGUUUGGAAACAGGGUCUAUACAAUUACAAGGAAUCCUUUUCUUUGUCUGUGCAGGCUUGGGAACACCAGGACUGUAAUUCCACUAUACAGCUGGAGGCAGUAUCAGGGGUCCAAGGGACACUAAAGACACCCUUCUUUCCCAGCUACUACCCUCCUGACACCAACUGUACCUGGAGCUUUACUAUGCCCAGUGCAGGGAUGGGCUUGUGUUUGACAUUUGAGGGCUAUGAGCUAAGCCGAGCCAGCUACAACCAGGCCUGUACCCAGGGACAGUGGAUCAUGCAGAAUCGCAGACUGUGUGGCACCAGGGCUCUGCAGCCCUACAGCGAACGUCUCUUCCUGCUCUCUACCACAACCACUAUCUUCAUGACAUCUGAGGUGUCACUCACAGGGCCGGGCCUUCAGCUGCAAUACAGCGUCUUCAACCUGUCAGAUCCUUGCCCAGGACAGUUCCUGUGCACUGUGAAUGGUCUCUGCGUGCCCAUCUGUGAUGGAAUCAAGGACUGUCCCAAUGGCCUCGAUGAGAGAAACUGUGUAUGUGUGGCACAAUACAAAUGUCCAGAGGACAGUCAGUGUGUGGACUACUACAAAGUGUGUGACCAACACCCAGACUGCCCUGAAGCUACCGAUGAGAUGAACUGCACUGAAGGCGUGCAGUGUACAGAUAUGACCUAUGUGUGUGCCGACGGAACGUGUCUGAAGAAACCAAAUCCUGAGUGUGACUUUGUCACUGACUGCCCUGACGCCUCCGAUGAGAAACAUUGUGAGUGCGGCCUGAGGCAGUUCUCCAGCCGCAUCGUUGGGGGAACGGACGCCUCAGAGGGGGAGUGGCCAUGGCAGGCCAGCCUGCAGGUGCGGGGUAACCACAUCUGUGGUGGCGCUUUAAUCGCCAGUCAGUGGGUGGUGUCGGCUGCCCACUGUUUCUAUGACGACCGUCUUUACUCCCCCUCAGUGUGGACAGUCUACCUUGGCAAACUUCUGCUCAACCGCAGCAGCCCUACAGAGGAGGUGGCGCGGGUUCAACGCAUCCAUCUUCAUCAUUACUAUGACGAUGAGUCCCACGACUACGACCUGGCCCUGCUCAAGCUGGACCGGCCCGCCGCUGCGCUGCUGGCUGGGCAUGCUCGACCCACCUGCUUGCCCCCACCAACGCACCAGCUGGAGCCAGGCCUGCUCUGCUGGGUCACUGGCUGGGGGGCACUCCGUGAGGGGGGCACAGCCAGUAAUGUGCUUCAGAAAGUUGAUGUACGCCUGGUUAGUGAGGAAUCCUGCAUCCGUUCCUACGGACACCUGGUUACUCCCAGAAUGCUUUGUGCCGGUUACCGCGAUGGAGGGAAAGAUGCAUGUCAGGGAGACUCGGGCGGUCCCUUGGUGUGUCAGGAGCCUUCAGGUCGCUGGUUCCUGGCUGGGGUGGUGAGCUGGGGUAAAGGCUGCGGGCGUCCAGACUACUACGGUGUCUACAUUCGCAUCACCAGGCUCACCAACUGGAUAAAGCAGGUCAUCAGCAGCUCCUGA